GUCCCCCCAUCCAACAGACCCGUCCAGCGAGCCAGCGAGUCAUGUAUGUACUAACGUGUCUCCUACUGCUGCUUUAUAACUACGUGGAGGCCAAUUUCACCAGCAAGUGGCAGAGAAUGGUGCUUUUCCCAGCGGCCCAGAGGAUCCGGCGUUCUUCGGCCGAAUUGCAGGAUCCCGUCCUUCAGACGUCGGAGUUGGAGGUGGAACUGCUGUACGAGUUCCUGCUGACCGGCGUUCACCUCGACAAAGAGAAUCGGCUGAGCCUCCUGGAUCCAGAGCUGGCAUCUCUAAGAAAGGCUGCCACGUUUGACGUCGUCUGCAAUGAUGUCAUACCCAAGAGCAUCUCUGACAUCAAGAGGCUGGCGGCGAUGCUGAGCCACCAACGAGGACCCCUGAGGAAAGCGGACUUCGAGAGGACUCUGCUGACUGCCGCCUACGCGGCCUACAGAACAUCGACAUUCCGGAACGUCCACCAGCAGAAGGUCUGGCUGGAGACCCUCGGCAACCUCUUCACGACGCUGAAAAGAGACUUAACAUUUUAACUUUUUUUUUAAUUUUUUUUUAAAAAAGAUGUUUUUUUGUAUAUUGUGCAAACUCUGCAUGCUGGAAUAUUACAUCACUUCUAUUAAAAUAUAAUUUAUUUUAGACGAACAAUAUUACAGGAUUAAUAAAAGAGAAUUUAUGCUGUUUUAU